AUGCAUUGGGAACGACCAGCUAGAAAGCUCACAUCACUGUUUAAUUCGCCAGAGCGACCAUCUCCUAGAUCCAGUUCUGUCAUCACCAGGUCGUCGUCGCCUGUGUCAGAGGCCGGUUCAGAUUUUCCACUGCCCCUAGAAAAUGGAAAGCCUCCUGUCAUACUCGGAAUAUGUGCCAUGGACGUCAAAGCCCGAUCGAAGGCGAUGAGAGAAAUCUUGACGCGACUUGUUGAACGAGCACGAGGCAUGAUUGAAGUCAAAGUCUUUGGAGAUAAGGUCAUUUUAGACGAAGAUGUCGAAAAUUGGCCAAGAUGUCACAUAUUGAUCUCCUUCUUUUCGACCGAUUUUCCUCUGGAUAAAGCCAUAUCUUAUGUGAAACUACGAAAUCCGCUCUGCAUAAAUGAACUUCAGCCCCAAGCGCUGCUAUGGGAUCGCCGACUUGUCGGUGCUAUACUUGAUCAUAUGAAGGUCCCGACUCCCCAGCGCCUAGAAGUUUCUCGCGACGGUGGGCCGAAGCUGGAUCCAGAGUUGAAAGAUCUAAUGAAGCAGCGGCUUGGUAUUGUCUUGGAAAGCUUCCAACCGCCCCCAGAGGUACUUCUCAGAGACGACGGCAAUGCUAUCAUAAUCGACGGGAAAGUUUUAGAGAAACCGUUCGUCGAGAAGCCCGUCAGUGGAGAAGAUCACAACGUAUACAUUUAUUUCCGUGGUGGAGGCGGUCGCCGAUUGUUCCGGAAGGUUGGCAAUAAAUCGAGUGAACUUGAUCCUUCGCUCAACCAUCCGAGAACGGAUGGAUCAUACAUCUAUGAACAAUUCAUAGAUGUCGAUAACUCUGAGGACAUCAAAGUGUAUACAGUUGGCAAAGAUUACACACACGCGGAAACCCGGAAGUCACCUGUAGUAGAUGGCGUUGUACGCCGUAAUACAGAUGGCAAGGAAAUAAGGUUCAUAACUCAUCUAACCGAUGAGGAGAAGUCGUGGGCUGCGAAGAUAUGUGACGGCUUUGGCCAACGAGUGUGUGGAUUCGAUAUGCUUCGUUGCGAUAAUGGGAAGAGAAGCCAGGUGAUCGAUGUGAACGGAUGGAGCUUCGUCAAGGGAAACGACACCUACUACGACCGAGCAGCUGAGAUACUCGCAACCCUGUGUAUCCAACUCUCCUCUUCACCCGGUCGACCACUGCCCCCCGCAGAUGUAGCUGCUCAAGAAGCACCGACAUGGCUACUGAAAGCUAACGUCACGGUAUUCCGUCACGCAGACCGCACACCCAAACAGAAGCUAAAGUUCAACUUCCCAAUCGGCGAGCCGUGGACCCAGCCGUUCGUCUCGCUCCUCAACGGCGAAACCGAGGAGAUCAUACUCCGUGAAAAGGAUCAAUUGAAACAGAUCGCUUCUGCCGUCGAGGAGGCCAAGAGUCUCGGGGCCAAUGGGGAGGAUCUUGCCAAGUUGACGCAGCUGAACACGGCAUUGUUCAAGAAGAUUGACUUUCCUGGCACGAAGGCGCAGUUGAAGCCUGUCUAUUCCAAGAAACAGUCUGGACAAGUACGCAGACUCACGAAGCUAACGUUGGUGUUCAAAUGGGGUGGAGAGUUCACCCAUUCCGCGCGGUAUCAAUCCAGAGACCUAGGCGAGAACAUGAAGAAGGACAUCUCCAUCAUGAAUAAAGAGGUUUUGAAUAAUGUGAAAAUCUACACGUCAUCGGAACGCAGGGUGACAGCCUCGGCUGAGGUCUUUGCCACUGCGCUCUUCGACUCGCCUCCCACGUCCAACAAAAGCGUUGCAUCCUCGUCUUCAUCACCGACCCCUCGCUCAGCACGGUCUUCAAGUGAUGGCAGUGGCAACAAUAGUCAUCGAAGCAAGUCACCCAUCAGAGCUCCCCCUGCUCUGAUUAUACGGAAAGACUUGUUGGAUGAUUCUAAUGCCGCUAAGGACUUGAUGGACGAUGUCAAGAAGCGUUUGAAGAUCUUGCUGAGACCAGGCGAGCCCGAGAAGCGCCCCGAACUCACUUGGCCCAAGAGCAUGAACAAGGAGCCUGUAGAAGUGGUCAAGGAAGUUAUCGAGUUGCUGAGCUCUUUCCGAGACAUAAUGAGGAAGAACUACGAGACCCUCGAUGUGUAUAAGAUCCAAGAGCGAUGGUGUUGCGGCGACGAGCCAUUCCUGUUCAGGGAGCGGUGGGAGAAGCUCUUUGAAGACUUCUGCGACGUCGAACAGAAAAAGUUUGAUCCAUCGCGAGUCUCUGAACUCUACGACACCAUCAAGUACUGUGCCCUGCACCAUCGCCAGUUCCUCUUUGCCAUCUUCGAUGAACAAGGCCGCACAGGAGGUCUUCACGAUAGAAAGCUACAUGAGUUAUACGGUCGAGCCAAGGCCCUCUUUGACCUCGUAGCACCACAAGAAUAUGGCAUUGAGCCUGAUGAAAAGGAAGAAAUCGGAGUGCUGACUUCGCUUCCUCUCUUGCACAAGAUCGUUGGUGAUCUUGAAACAGCUCGCAACGAUGGCGAAUGUUCUUUGACUCUGUACUUCACGAAAGAGAGCCACAUUCACACUUUGAUGAACUUGGUGCUGUUGUCUGGCUUGCCGAUAGCGAACCGCCGAAUACCAGAACUCGAUUACUAUGGGUUCUGUCUGAUUACUGUCACCACUUUUAGAUUUGAACUGUACGAACGCAAUCAUGGGCGGGGCAAGUCAGAUAAGGAAUACUCCAUAAAGAUCUCUCUUAGCGAGGGUGCUCACUCGUCUAAUGUUCUUGACUCGACGCUCGAUGCUCGGCAUUCUUUGAACGUGCAGGCUCGCAAAAAACUCAGCCAGCAUCUGCCCUAUAGUCAAGUUAUCGAGAAACUCUCAAAGCAUUUCGGAAGGCUAGCAGAGAAUGAUGACAGUGGCCCAGAUUCACCAUACGAGUUCAUCCAGCCAUCCGUCUUGCUAGCUUCCACUACCACAGAGGACCUCACCGUUAUCUCAUGA